CACAAUUGUCCUAGUCUAUUUCUUUUAUAAAGAGAAAGAGUUCUGUCGAGUCGGGUAUUAUGUCAACAACGAGUUUGAAGGGAUUGACCCAACGACGGAUAUAGUAACGAAGAAGAUGAUAGAUGUUACUAAAGUGGUCAGAACACUCUCUGAAGCACAUGUCACGAUAUUCCCAUGCUUCUGGGACAAAGAAGAACAAAUCGCAAUUGUCGAGGAAAAGCCCGAAGAACUCGGAACUGUUGUGUCGUUCACCGCGGACGGGAAUAUAAUGUCAAAUAGUAAAAUGGAAGAGGAAGAACCCGCUCCUCUAAGUGAUGAAGUGCAAAAGGAAAUUCAUAGUGCUCUUGGCGUCGACGUGUUACUGAACACACAAAAUCAGUGCAGAAAAAUGGAGGAGUUCGACGAACUUGAAUAUUCGGACGACGAGGAUGUCGACGUACAGACAACUGCAAUGUGCGAAGAGAAAGAGAUAAAGGAGAGAAAAGAGGAGCCAAUGAAGUAA